GGGGUAUCCAGUUCAAACAUCUUUUUUCCUUGUGCUCUCCCUGAUCACACCAUCUGAUUUUUGAACGUUGGACCCAUCUCCAACACUGGAGCUCUGUCGAGGGGAUCUCAUGGAGUGGGCAAAAUCCAGCCCAGAAGUUGUGAGUGCGCCAUCACUGGAGGCUUUUAAGAAGAGAUUGGACAGCCAUUUGUCUGGAAUGGUAUGGGGUCUCCUGCUAGAUGGAGAGUUGGACUGGAGGACCUCCAGCAUCCCUUCCAACUCUUAUUAUUCUGUGAUCGCAUGUAACCAUCCAAAGAAAAUCAGGAAUGGUAUAGAAUCCCCAACAACUAGAAGACUUCCAGCCCUAUUAUUCUAAGUCCUAUUCCAAGGACAUAGAGUUGGAUCUUAGCCAUUCUGCUCUUUAUUUCUUGGCUAGCAUGUUGAGCGCCCCAUGUUUCCGAAUUGUGAAGGCUUAAGCCAGGAAUGUAGUGAGAGCGGAGGAAUGGAUAUGGAAGAAGUGAUCUCGAGUGUGAUUGCAUAACCCAGAGCAUAAGCAUAAGUGGGGCUCAUUCUUGAGUAUUUAUUUUUAUUUAUUUAUUUAUUUUAUUAAAUUUUUAUACCGCCCUUCUCCCGAAGGACUCAGGAAAAAUAAACUCAGCCAAAAUAAAAUACAGAAUAUAUACAAUUAAAAGAAUUUAAAAUGAACUAUUACUAAACGGCCGAUAAUUUAAAAAAUUUAAAAAUUUAAAAUAUUACUAAAACCCCAAUUUAAAAUCAACUAUUUAUGCCAGUCCUGCUUGAAUGAAUAAAUACGUUUUUAGCUCACGACGAAAGGUAGAUGAUUUUAGGCUUUGUACAGUUGGAGAGUAGUAUGAAGAACAUGUCAUCUCACAAAUAGAUUUUGAAUGAAAAGGGUCCAUUGACUUCCAAAGCGGGCUUACCACAGUUAUAGGUUCCCCAGCUCAAAGUGGCCAGGGCUAAGAAGGUGCAGCACACUUAAGUGGACGUGACCUGGGUUUUUCAUUUAUGGUCAUUUGGAGAUACCUGGGGAAGAAGCUCCGCUGGUGCACUCUUUCCCCCCUGGAGCAGAAGAAAUGCUCUGAGCUCUCCAAAGCGCUUCUGUCUGCUUUGUCACCUGUCUCCAGCAGUCCUUUUAAGAGGGUUUCUUGUAUCCUAGCCCACAACACUUAUGACUGUAUCAACAAGAUUCGGGAGAAUAAAGCUGAUGCCAUUUCCUUGGAUGCUGGAGAUGGAUACUCUGCGGUGAAGCUUUAUGGCUUGACUAUGGUGGCCAAGGAGAUCUAUUUGGGAGGUAGCUGUGUGUUUGCAGUGGCUGUGGCCAAGCGUGGAACGCUGGAUCUCCAAAGGCUCAAAGGAGUCCGAAGUUGCCAUAAUGGAGCUAGGUGGACUUCAGGCUGGAACAUCCCCAUGGGCUUCCUCUUAGCUAGGAGUGAUCUGAUGUGGGUCUCAGGCCAGCCCCUCAGCCAAGCGAUCAGUGGUUAUUUCAAUGCCAGUUGCAUCCCUGGCAUCGGCGCCACCUAUCCUAAGCUCUGUGCUCUCUGCCAAGGGCCGAAGUCGUACAUCUGGGACAAGAACCAUUUCUGCGAGGCCAGCCACCGCGAACCCUUCUAUGGCUCAGAGGGCGCCUUCAGGUGCCUGAAGCUGGGGCUGGCAGAGGUGGCUUUCGUGGAUCACCUCACAGUCAUGAGUGCGACAGACUGGUCAGGAAACCAUGCCAAGAACCCUGGAAGCCAUUGUCUGUUGAGAAGGCCGGGCGCUUUCUCCUCCCUGCAUCCAGGACCAGACUUGGAACAGGAGGAGUAUGAACUGCUGUGUCCUGAUGGAUCCACUGCGCCUUUGACGGCCUACUCUACUUGCAACCUGGGCAACGGACCAGGCCGCACAAUUGUCACACGCCACAACUUGCAGAAGAUAGUGAAGAAAUUUCUCCAGGUCAUUCAGCACCUGUUUGGAAUCAGAGGAAAAGAAAAGGCCAGAUUUGAGCUUUUUGCAUCUGAACCGUUCAGAGGGAGGGACUUGCUGUUCCAUGACGCCACUCAGCACCUGCAGUUGCUGGGAGAAGAGACCAAGAUCAGCCAAGUUCUUGGCCUGGACUACGUCACCCUGCUGCAGGGUUUGGGACACGAAGGGAGCUCUCUGUCCAACAGCCUGGUGCGCUGGUGCUGUAUCAGUGACCUGGAGCUCCGUAAAUGUGAGGAGUGGGCUCUGAAUGUCAGGUCUGACCCCCUGGUCUGCGUCCAAGCAGACUCCAUGAUCAGCUGCAUUGAGCUCAUCAAGAAAAACGAGGCAGAUGCUGUCACACUGGAUGCCACCCAUGCAUACUUUGCGGAGACCUGCACGCUCGCCCCUGUGGCUGCAGAGUGUUACAGAGAAGAAUGUGCUCCCUCAAGGGAGGAACCGGACCUGUUGACCCACGUUGAGGGCCUUCCUCCGCUCUACUCCGUAGCCCUGGUGAGAAAGGCCAACCAGCGAGUAAACCGACACACCCUGAGGGGAAAGCGCUCCUGCCACAGCCAUGUGUUCAGCCCAGGAGGAUGGCUGCUGCUUUCACGGUACACGGUUGGGGCCCUGGUGAACGACAGCAGCAGCGCCUGCAAUCUCACUUCUGCAUACCAGAAUUUUUUUUGGAAAGGCUGCAUGCCAGGAGCUAGUGGAAAUCUGUGCAAAGUCUGCAUUGGGCAAGAGAGGAGAGUCAGAGGGUCCUCCAAGUGUGCAGCUAAUCAUCAUGAACGGUACUAUGGCAAUCUGGGGGCUCUCAGAUGCCUCUUGGGUGAUCCCACUGGGAGAAGCUUCGGUGAUGUGGCUGUCUUGGAAUAUCAUAACCUACUUCAGAACAUUGAAUAUCUGACUAGCUCAGGAUGGGCCACGGGCUACUCUCCCGAGGAUUUUGAGCUCCUUUGCUCAGAUGGGAGCCGAGCAGCCAUAACAGCUUGGAGGACCUGCAACCUGGGCUGUGUUCCUCCCAGUGUUGUGGUGACUCGACCAGUGACGGUCACUAAGGUCCAGGAUUUCCUGGCAAAGUCCCAGGAAUCAAGCAAGAACAGCCGGUUUCAGCUCUUUGAGUCAUUGAGAUAUGGAGGAAGUGACCUGCUCUUUAAAGAUGCUACUCAAGGCCUCGUCUUCACAAGCCAGUUGGACUUCAAGUCGAUUCUUGGGCCGUCUUUCUUUCAGCUUGCCCAAUCCGUCUUCAGCUGCACCUCUGCAGGUAUCCUAGACUUUUGCAAACUGGAUUCUUGUACCUCUUCCACACGGCCUUGAGGUUAUCCAGAGAAGCUCCAUCCAACUCUGCCAGCUAAAAGAAAAGGAGACACUUAGACAAGCUUUUACUGUCACGGAUUCUGGUUUAUGGCAAUUUUCCCAUUUUCUUAUCCAACGUCCAAGUAUCCUUCAGCAUCUAUUGGAAAAUCCAUUUUUGAAUCUAUCCUACUGGUAUGAAAGGCAUCCAUGCAAUGGAUUAACUCUCGCUUCCCCCCUAUCUCUAGGAUACGCAAUCCCAGCCAGGAUUUGGCUGAACCUGCCACCUUUUCAGCUCCACCCUGUCUGUCCUCUGCCUUCUGUCCGGAGAGAGAGAGGCUGGUCUGGGAACUCCUGCAUCUCCCUCUGGUUGCUUCCCAUCACUUCUGCACUCAGAAUUGAUCUGUCCGUUGUCUGAGUCAAAGUUCCAUCUGAACUGAAAUAAACUGGUUGAGACAAUGGCACAGCUCCAAUUUCCCGAGUCCCUGGCAAGAAGCCACCUUGGAUCCCCAGGAGUUUUGUUUCUCUGGUUUUAGCAGGAUGUAAGAGCCGGAACCCUCCUCUUAAUCCUCCUUUUGACCAAAGCAACAUCCCAAAGUUUACUCCAAGGAAACACGAAAGCUUUUUGUUGCCCAGCUGCUCUAAACACAAAUGCAUCUGCCUCAGUGAUGACCCCCCUCCCCCCAAAUUGAGCCAGGUUACUAGCAGCAUUAUGGCCGUGUCCUCUGCUGAGCAGUCAGUGAAGGUCAUAUAACAUGGCCAGUAAUUGCACGGGGUAUUAAUUUUAUAGCGCUAUUCCCCCUCCACCUGAAAAAAGAACCCAGCCCUUUCUGGAUUCUGCAGCCGGUGUAAUAGUUCAGCUAAAUAAUUUCUCCAGAUCACUGCACAGCCAAGGAUUUCUGAGUGGUCCAUGGCACAUUAGAGGGGUGACAUUUCUGUGGUAGCUUACAAUAGCUAAUGGGCUCCGUAAUAAAGUUUGCAGAAAUGGUAGUUGUACUUUACAACAAGGAGAGAGAACUAUCAGUUGAUAGCAAUGCUCAUGAAAGUAGUCUUGAAGCUAAGCGAUCUGCCACCACUAUCCCUGUAACAUUCAGAGGUGGAAUUAAGACUGUGAGCCACAAAUCCCCAAACAUGUCUUUCCAAAUGAAGGGAAUGAAGAGGGGGACAAAUCCGUAAUUGACGAAUACACGGAAAUGUUGAACGUACAAACUCACUAAACAGGAUCUAGUCCCAGAAAGUCCGGAAUCUCAGCAGCAGAGCCAUGAAUAUCAUCCACAGGGGACAUUUCCAUUUAUGCUGAAGCAGAGUUGGUGGUACAGUAUUAACAGAAACAUCAUUUGCAUGUCAACUCAAGUUAAUUUGGGGCUUCAGACUUCAUAACAACAUACAGGAUUGCAUUCACAGUUUAGCAUACUUAACAGUUUUGCUUAUAUUAAAAUAAAAUAAAACAUAGAGUUUAUCUUUUUUUUUUACAUUUGUCCUUUUCGCUUUGUAUGUUUUUGAAAUGUUUAAAUG